GCUGGAUGGUGUUUAUUACCUUUUAGGUCUUGUACAUCAGGGCCUUUUCAGUAGCAUUUAAAGUCAACAGGACAGCUAAGCACAGGGACAUAAUGUGGUUGUUACUGGCAAUAACAUGUUUAAUCCAUCAAACUGUCACUUCAGAACAAUUCAGAAGUGGAAGACAUUUGAAUCCUCAAGCAUUUAUGACUAUUCCUCAAAUCAUCCAAUAUUGGGGGUAUCCCAAUGAAGAAUAUGAAGUGCUGACAAAAGAUGGUUAUUACCUAAAAGCAAACAGAAUUCCCUGUGGAAUUCACUGUCCUGAAAAAAUAGGGACUAGACCAGUUGUAUUACUCGUACAUGGCUUGCUUGCUGAAGGGAGAUGUUGGAUUGCAAAUCUUCCUAGCAAUAGCCUGGGAUUUUUUUUAGCAGAUGCUGGCUAUGAUGUCUGGAUAAUUAAUACUAGGGGGAGCUCCUGGUCUAGAAGACACCAAACAUUUUCAAUUGAUCAGCAAGAAUUCUGGGAAUUCAGUUUUCAUGAAAUAGCAAUCUAUGAUAUUCCAGCAACAAUAGACUUCAUCCUGAAUAAGACUAAGCAAGAGAAACUUUAUUAUAUUGGUCAUUCGCAAGGUGGGACACUAGGUUUUAUUACUUUUUCAGUCAUUCCAGAACUGGCCCCAAAAAUCAGUUUUUAUUUUUCCUUGGCACCUGGUUACACACUAGUGAAUAGCAAGGGUCUUUUCUAUAUGCUUCUGGCACUUCCUGAUGGACUCAGACGACUUAUAUGGGGUACUAAAGAAUACUGCCUUUUAAGCCCGAAACUGAAAAUGGCCACUGCCAACUUCUGCAGCUAUCCAGUAUUUGACAGGCUGUGUCUCCAAACGCUUUCUUUUGGUGUAGGUUUUAAUAAAAAAAACACAAAUACAAGUCGAGCAGAUGUUUAUCUGGGAAUUUUUCCCGACUUUUCAUCUGUAAAAGCAGUAUCUCAUUGGAGUCAGGUUACCCGUUCACACAAAUUUAGGUAUUUUGACUAUGGGGAUAAGAACAAAGUUGUUUACAAUAUGACCACACCUCCAUUUUACAUUAUAGAAGAGAUGUUUGUGCCAACAGGAGUGUGGAGUGGAGAAAAUGAUAUUAUGGAAGAUGUUACUGAUAUUCAGCUCUUGCUCCCUCGAAUCCCUCAUUUAGCUUUCUAUAACCAUAUUCCCAAUUGGCAACAUGUGGAUUUUACCUUUGGCCUUGAUGCUCCAAAACGUCUCUAUCCUGAUAUCCUUUAUCUGAUGCAGAAGUAUAAAUAAUGAUGUGCUUCUCAUUGUUUACAUUUAUACAAGUACAUAUAUUCUACAUUAAUGGGGAACCCAGUAACAUGUCUACCAAGCUGAUCCUUUUUUCAAUAAAACUGUUCCUCUUUUGUAUAACAUUUUUAUAUAACAAUGUUAUAUAAAUAACAUUUUCAUCAAGUUAUCCUUCUUCAGGGCCCUACUGCUUUUUUAAAACAAGAUUGAUUGAUUGAUUGAUUGAUUGAUUGAUUGAUUCAUUCAUUCAUUCAUUCAUUCAUUCAUUCAUUUCAAUUUAUAUGGCUGCUCAUCUCAUCAUAACUCUGAAUGGCUAACAAUGGUUAAAACCCCACACAAUAAUCACCAGAGCAAUAAUUGCAUAAACAGUCAUUUAUAUUACUUUCCAAUAUUGAGAUUCCUUAAGAGAUGCUGCCUGGGUCUUUGGCUCUCACAUCUCU